CUCAGGGCGCCGCCGGCCCCGGGGCCUCCACCGGGCCCGGGCCGGAGCCGAUCGCGUCUCGGGGCCACCCCCGCGGCACCGCACGGAAACGGAAGGGGCCAGGCCGGGGCCGGCUGUCAGCGGAGGCCGCCGGGAGCGGGGGUGGGGUCGGUUUGAACCGUUGGCCGCCGGCCUGUCCCCGCACCGGGGUUCCGGGAGCCACCGGCCCGGCCCGGCCCGGCCCGGCCCUUCCCGUGCGGUGCCACCCCGGGCGCCUGCUGCCCCACAGGGCAGGGCCCGGGCGCUGCGGGGUAAAAGAGCGAGGUUACUUUGCGCUCUUUCAAAAUGAAUGGCGAAGAAGAAACGUGGGAAAAACUAGAUGCAGAAUUUGAUCACUGCGUUGUGGAUAUGAAGCCUCAUGUUCUAAAGUUACAGCAUAGGUCAGAACGACAAAGAUGUGCACUGUGGAUUAAAAAACUAUGUGAACCCUCAGGAGCAGGUACAGGAGUAGCGGGAAGGAAGAAUCGGAACCUAUAUGCAAGACUUCUGCUCCACAUGCUAAAACGGGGUUUGUUAGAAGGUCCUUUUACACACAAACCAGAACCAGGAAUACUGAAAACUUUACCUUCGUACAUGUCAAUUUAUUUUGAUGAACCAAAUUCACCAAGAGUUCGGAGUAGUAGCCCAGAGUGCUUACCUGACUGGGUAACGGGAGAACUAGGAAACAGUGAAUCCAAACAUGAGGAAUUGUCGAAAAUAUCUUCUAAAGAAGAAUCAUCUUUAGCAACAUCACUUACAUAUGGACUUCAGAUAUUAUGGUGGCAAAGCACAGUGGUCACAAGGGAGAGAUUCACAUUCAAUGGGAAGCCAACAUUAAGAUCACAGUCUAUGAGUCCUCCUCACCGGACAGAUGAAGAUAACCUAGCUGCAUCACUGUCUGACCAUCAUAAAAAAGCCACUGCUUUGGACGACAGUGACCUCGAAGCACGUCUCAAUAGUUGGAAUCUCGGGCUAGAAAAUCCAAGAUAUUUGCGGGAAAAACCCAUGCCAGUGUCUUUGACGACAUCCAAAAUUGGCCUAGGAAAAAGUAGCAGUUCUCGUGAUGAACAGGCACUAUUUCAAAUGCAUGAGAAAGAGCUGGACGUGAAAAUGAAAAUAUUGGAAGGUAAAUUUCAUGAAGAAAAACUUAAGUUGCAGCAGAAGCAUGAUGCUGAUGUUCAAAAGAUUUUGGAUAGAAAGAAUGAUGAAAUAGAGGUGUUGAAGUCCCUCUACAAAACAAAACAAAAUGAAGCUGAGGAGACGAUUAGAAAACUGGAGAAAAAAGUUCAGACCCUUGUUCGUGAGUCACAAGUCAUCAGAGAAGCAAAGGAAAAGCAGAUCGUGGAGUUGAAGAAGAUGUGUGAGCAAAGCACUGAUUCUUUGAACAAUGAGUGGGAGAAAAGGCUUCACAAUGCUGUAGCUGAAAUGGAAAAGGAGAAGUUUAAUAUUCGGAAGAAGCACACACAAGAUAUGCAGGAACUACUUGAGGACACCAAUGCUCGUCUUAGCAAAAUGGAGGAAGAUUAUCUGGAGCAAAUAAAGUCAACAAACCAGACGGUCAAAAAUCUCGAGGCUCGUGUGCAGCAGUUGACUGUUGAGGCUGAAAAUAGUAAUUUACAGCGUCAAAGAUUAUCUCAAGAAAAGACUGAAGCAGAACAACGUUACCAGGCAGUAUGCUCUGAACUUCAGGAAGUGAAAGCAAGGCACAGCUCACUUCAGAAAGACAAGGACCGUAUUGUACAGGAAUAUGAGGAGAACAUUCAGCAACUACAAAGUAAAUAUGAUGUUGAUAUAAAUUUUAUAAAACAGGAGCAUGCUCUCUCUGCAGUUAAGGCAUCUGAUAUGAUUGAAGAGUUGCAGCAUGGUGUGUGUAUAUUAAAACAACAGUUACAAGAUUCAGAACAUCAAAGACAGCAACAGCUGAGGGAUCAAGACUAUAAACUUCAACAGGACAAACUUCACUUGGAGCGUGUAUAUGAAAAGCAGAUUCAUGGCAUCCGGAAUGAUCUUGAUAAAGAAAGAGGGGAUACUCAAAAGAAAAUUCACAAACUGCAAGAGACUUUGAAGGAGAAGGAGGAGCAGCUGACUCGGGUGACAGAGGUACAGAGGCUGCAGGCCCAGCAGGCAGAUGCUGCCCUGGAGGAGUUUAAGCGGCAGGUGGAGCUGAACUCAGAAAAAGUCUAUGCUGAAAUGAAACAGCAGAUGGAAAAGGUUGAAGCAGAUCUAAGCAGAUCAAAAUUGCUCCGGGAAAAGCAAUCCAAAGAAUUCUCCUGGCAAUUGGAAGAGCUCAAGCAAAGAUAUGAGCAACAGAUAGUGGAGCUGAAGCUGGAGCAUGAACAGGAGAAGACGCACCUAUUCCAGCAGCACAACGCAGAGAAGGACUGCCUGGUCCGAGACCAUGAACGGGAAAUCGAGAAACUGGAAAAAGAGCUUCGCGCUGCCAUGGCAGAGCAUGAGAGUAAAACUCAAGAAUGCAGGAAACGAGACGGACAGGUUAUGUGUGAGAUGGAGAGCCAAAUCCACAAGCUGAGGGAAGAGCUUAUUCAGGUAAAUGCUCAGCGCAAGCAACAGCUGAUGGAGAUGAGCCUUCAGAGGGAAGAGGAAAAGCAGAGGGCAGCUCGAGAUCACGAGAUGGUGGUGAAUAAGCUGAAAGUGGAGGCAGAAAAAAUGUUGCUCGACCUGAAAAAGGUGCAUGAUGCAGAAACAGAGAAGGCCUUGGACAAGGCAAACAGCCGGCUGAAGCAGGUUGAAAAGGAGUACAGUCAGAAGCUGGCUAAAUCCUCGCAGAUCAUAGCUGAACUUAAGACAACCAUUUCCUCUCUGACAGAGGAGAACAGCCGGCAGCAGCUUGCCGCGGAACAGCAGCUCCAGGAAGUUGUACAAAAGUUUGAAGAUAAGAAGCAGCAGCUGAUUACAGAUAAUAACAGAGCAAUCAAGGCCUUGCAGGACGAAGCGGAAAGUUACCGCAGCCAGGCGCGCGCCGCAGAGAAGAAGCUGCAACACAAGGAGCUGCAGGCCCACAUGCAGAUGACCCAUAUACGACAAGAAUAUGAAAACACACUCAAAAGUCUGAUGCCAGCAUCUUUGAGACAGGAACUUGAAGACACCAUUGUAUCUUUAAAAUCUCAGGUAAACGUUCUGCAGAAAAGAGCCUCUGCCCUACAGGCUGAGCUGAAUACCUACCGCACCAGGAGGUAGCUGCUGGAGCUGUUGGAUUUCUUCAAUUGCCAAAUGGACUGCUUUGAAUAGGUUUGAAGAUUUGGCUCUUGUAAUUAAAAUGCAAAGAUCAGUGGCUGUUUUGUUAGCAUACAAAAUGCAGUGAAGUUCAUGGAAACACAUCCAUUGCUCGUGCCAGAUUUUUUUUAGUUGUAUUUUCCUUCCAUUACCUUUUAUCAUCAUCUUAUUACAGACUUAUACUUUUGAUAUACUGCGUGUUUGACUCCGUGCUUGCUUACCAAGAGGAAAAGUUUCCUCUACUAAUAUUUUUGUUACUACUUCCUAGUACCAUUCUUUUCACUUUUAUACAUGAAGAAAAUCCCAUUUUCUAUUAUUAUUGUCCAAGAUAUUUUAACAUAUUUUGACAUUGUUUUGUGUCCAUGUGUUUACAUAAUAUUAAAAUAUUAUUUUGUAC